CUUCCUCAGAUCAAUGCUCUGGCCACUCACUUUCUGAUGUUGCACGACGGGAAAUGCUUUGAAUACUUGCGACAUGGCUGCGCGCAUUGAUUGCCAAGAUUGACAGCAGCUCUACCCAUCGUCUUCUCUUGUCUGAGUAAGAGAGAGAGAGAGAGAGAGGAAGAUCAAGAACAGAUAGGCGAACAACAAAAGGUACUUGUAGUUUUGGACAGUCGAACUUCACAACCGAGUGUACGGGAUCCCCUCAUAUGGCCCCGUGUAAGCAGUCUUAAGUUUUCGCUCAACAGAUAUCUCAGUGAUCGGUUUGUACAAAGUCUAGUAGUAGUAGUAGUAGUAGUAGUCUUUACGCACGGGAAAAAGGACGCACUGUUAUCUCCUCCACGACUGAGAUCUACAAGGUCAUUUUCAUGAAUUCACAAUCAACCUACCAGUGAUCGCUGGAAGCUGGGGAUUGAGUCUUUCAGUUUUUAACCCCACACGCUGACAUGGAGGGCUUUCUUCGUAGCAGCUUUUUACUGAGCAGAGUCAUGUCUUCCAAGCAAGCCACGUCUCCUUUUGCCUCUGUGGUUGAUGGGGAUGAUACCAUGAACCAGGAGCACUUGUCCUGGGAGAAAGAGGAGAGUGCCGAGGCCCAUGGCACACCACAGCUGCCUCUGCACAGUUUGCUUCAUGGCAAAGCCCACCCUGAUGAAAUGCAGCCGCUCAGCAGCGUUCCACCAGAGAGUGACUGGGACAGCCUGUUGUCAGCACAACAGCGCAUGGAAUCUGACAGCAAUAAAGUAUGUUCCCUGUACUCCUUCCGGAACAAUUCCACUUCCCCUCACAAGCCUGAGGAGGGGGCCCGGGAGCGAAGUGACCUGCUGAGCGGAUCAGCGUUUGGAACUCCUGAGCGCCGCAAAGGAAGCCUGGCAGACGUCGUGGACACGCUGAAGCAGAAGAAGCUGGAGGAGAUGACAAAGACAGAGCAAGACGAAUCCUCAUGCAUGGAGAAGCUUCUUUCUAAAGACUGGAAGGAAAAGAUGGAGAGGCUCAACACUAGUGAACUUCUGGCAGAAGUAAAAGGUACUCCAGAGAGCCUGGCUGAAAAGGAACACCAGCUCUCCACAAUGAUCACCCAGCUGAUCAGCCUGCGAGAGCAGCUUCUGGCUGCGCACGAUGAACAGAAGAAGCUCGCCGCCUCACAGAUGGAGAAACAGAGGCAGCAAAUGGAGUUGGCUCGUCAGCAGCAAGAACAGAUUGCGAGACAACAGCAGCAACUUCUGCAGCAGCAGCACAAAAUAAACCUCCUCCAACAGCAGAUCCAGCAGGUCCAGGGUCACAUGCCUCCGCUCAUGAUCCCCAUUUUUCCACACGACCAACGCACUCUGGCAGCAGCAGCCGCCGCCCAGCAAGGCUUUCUCUUCCCUCCAGGAAUGUCUUAUAAGCCAGGUGAUAACUACCCAGUGCAGUUCAUUCCAUCCACAAUGGCAGCUGCAGCAGCGUCAGGACUCAGCCCCCUCCAGCUUCAGCAACUGUAUGCCGCCCAGCUUGCCAGCAUGCAGGUCUCUCCUGGAGCCAAGAUGCCUCCACUCCCCCAGCCCCUCAAUGCUAGCGGGCCCAUUUCUCCCUCCUCUCUGAAGAAUGACAAGAGUUCCUCCAGCCCCAUCACUCAAGUCAAGGAGGAGGGAACACAGCCUCUCAACCUGUCUGCUCGGCCAAAAACGACAGACCUGGUCAAAUCCCCCACAUCCCCAACACAGAGCCUGUUCCCCGGCAGUAAAAACAGCCCCAACAGCCUGGGCGGUAAGGGUGGUAUCCCCAGCCCACUUGGAGGAGGCCUGGGCCGAGGCUCGUCUCUAGAUAUUCUGUCCAGUUUAAACUCCACCGCUCUGUUCGGGGACCAGGACACAGUGAUGAAGGCCAUCCAGGAGGCUCGCAAAAUGAGGGAGCAGAUCCAGAGGGAACAGCUGCAACAUCAUCAGCAGGGCAUGGAGGCAAAACUGUCCGCUCUCACUUCAGUCGGCCUCAACAACUGCAGAGUUGACAAGGAGAGGGCACAUUUUGAGAGCAUCGGGCACCACCUCAGCAAGCUGAGUGAGGAAGGAAAGAUCGGCCAUAGAGUUAUUGACCUCACCAGGCCAGAAGAUCUUGAUGGAGGUGCUGGAUCUACUGAGGCCAGAGUCUUCAGGGAAGCCAGAGGAAGGAACAACAACGAGCCACACAUUAAGAGGCCAAUGAAUGCAUUCAUGGUGUGGGCAAAAGAUGAGCGGCGCAAGAUCCUGCAGGCCUUUCCUGACAUGCACAAUUCGAAUAUAAGCAAGAUUUUGGGUUCACGGUGGAAGUCCAUGUCUAACCAGGACAAGCAGCCAUACUAUGAGGAGCAGGCCCGUCUGAGUAAACUUCACCUAGAGAAAUACCCAAACUACAAGUACAAGCCACGGCCUAAGAGGACCUGCAUUAUUGACGGGAAGAAACUGCGCAUUGGAGAGUACAAGCAGAUGAUGCGUUCACGGAGACAAGAGAUGAGGCAGUUCUUCACUGUGGGGCAGCCACCGCAGAUUCCCAUCACCACCAGCGCCAGUAUGGUCUAUCCCGGAGCUAUUACCAUGGCAACUACCACACCCUCACCUCAGAUGACAUCAGAGUGCUCAAGUGCCUCAGCGAGUCCUGAGCCAUCCAUUCCUGUCAUCCAGAGCACCUACAACAUGAAGCUAGAGCCCAGCGCGAUGGCGAACAACAGCGAGCCGGUCAACGGCGAGGAUGAGAUGGACAUGUAUGAAGACUUCGAGGAUGAGCCUAAAUCAGACUAUAGUAGUGAAAAUGAAACACAAGAGCCAGUCAAUGCCAACUGA